GAACGGCGCGGAGGGGCGCACCCGGGGCGCAGCGCCGCCGCCCGCUCUCUGCGCCUCCGGCGCCGCUGGGCCGGGUUCCCGCGGGCCCGGCUGGCAUCUCAUAGGCCAAAAUCGCACAGAUCCCCGUUUGCCAGCUCUUGCCCCUGUUCUUUGCCUCUCGUUUUGUUGGUGAAGAUAUCACAGUGAUGUCUGCAUUCAACCUGCUGCAUUUGGUGACAAAGAGCCAGCCAGUGGCCCUGCGAGCCUGUGGGCUUCCCUCAGGGUCAUGUAGGGAUAAAAAGAACUGUAAGGUGGUCUUUUCCCAGCAGGAGCUGAGGAAGCGGCUAACACCCCUGCAGUACCAUGUCACUCAGGAGAAAGGGACUGAAAGUGCCUUUGAAGGAGAAUACACACAUCACAAAGAUCCUGGAAUUUAUAAAUGUGUUGUUUGUGGAACUCCAUUGUUCAAGUCAGAAACCAAAUUUGACUCCGGUUCAGGUUGGCCUUCCUUCCAUGAUGUGAUCAGUUCUGAGGCCAUCACGUUCACAGAUGACUUUUCCUACGGGAUGCACAGGGUGGAAACAAGCUGCUCUCAGUGUGGGGCUCAUCUUGGGCACAUUUUUGAUGACGGACCUCGUCCAACCGGCAAAAGAUACUGCAUAAAUUCAGCUUCCUUGUCUUUCACACCUGCGGACAGCAGUGGCGCGGAAGGAGGCAGCGAGGUCGGCAGCCCAGCCCAGGCAGACAAAGCGGAGCUGUAGAGAAAUGGAGAGUGAUGGAAACAAAGUGUACUUAAUGCACAGCUUAUUAAAAAAUGAAAAUUGUUUAUCUUAAUAGAUAUAUUUUUUCAAAAACCUUAAGGGCAGUUUUGUGCUAUUGAGAUUUUUUUCUUCUUUCGCUUAAACGAGGCCCUGUCCAUCCAUGUAUUUUGCUAUUUACUAGAUAAAGAACUGUUUAUAGCUUUUGCAAAUGGAGAUAGCUUUGUGAAACUUCUUCACAAGUCACUAAAAUAACCUUUGGCAUUCU